AUGGCAGGAUAUCAGGCCAUCAAAGAAGAGUUCAUCCUUAGAGACCUUCCCUUGCUGUCCACCCUCCAGGCUUCAGACAGCGGCCAGAAGGAUCAUCUGGACACAGGCAGAACUUAUAGGACACACACGAGGGCACUGAACCACAAUGGGACGUGUGAUGGUGAGGCUUCCGUGGUGGUGUGUGAGGGAGGUUUGUGUGGUGGUGGUCAAGUUGGUGAUGAUGAUGAUGAUGAUAGUGAAAGUAAUAAUAAUGAUAAUAAUAAUAAUAACAGUAAUAAUAAUAAUAAUGAUAUUAAUAUGUACACGACAAGAGAGGAAGAGAAUUAUGAUGAGGAGGAGGAAAAGGAGGAAAACAAAGAAGGAAGGAAGAGGAACGAGGAAAAAUAAGAGGAAAGAAAGAGGAAGAGGAAAAGAGGAACGAGGAAAAAUAAGAGGAAAGCAAGAAGGAAGAGGGAAACUAAGAGGAAGAAAAGAGGCUUGAAGGAAUCUAUAGAGGAAAAAUAAGAGGAAAGAAAGAGGAAAGAGGAACACUAAGAGGAACAAAAGAGGCUUGGAGGAGGAAUCUGUAAGUGGCUUUUCAUGUCCAUAUCAACAGACGAGGUGACAAGAAGAGACAGGCAAGGCAGACACGAGUGAGUGAGUCUGUGAUGUAUAAGUCUGUUUGCUCUGAGGGGGGAAAGAAUCUGAUGUCCUUGUAGUAUAUGUAGUUUUUGUAGUGUAGCCUUUGAUCUGUUCCCCUGUCACGACGGAAAUACAUGAAUAAAG